CGGCAGCGGCCGCUUCUCCGGUGUCCGUGGCAGCGGCGGCGCUGGCUGUCCCCAACCAUGCUGUGCUAUGUGACCAGGCCGGACGCGGUGGUGAUGGAGGUGGAGGUGGAGGCGAAAGCCAACGGCGAGGACUGCCUCAACCAGGUUUGCAGAAGGUUGGGGAUUAUAGAAGUUGAUUAUUUUGGACUGCAGUUCACUGGCAGCAAAGGGGAGAAUCUAUGGCUGAAUUUGAGGAACAGGAUCUCCCAGCAGAUGGAUGGUUUAGCCCCUUAUCGAUUGAAAUUGAGAGUCAAGUUUUUUGUUGAGCCCCAUCUUAUCUUACAGGAACAGACAAGGCAUAUGUUUUUCUUGCAUAUAAAAGAAGAUCUGCUCUCUGGUAAUCUUCAGUGUUCUUCAGAGCAUGCAAUUGAACUUAGUGCCUUGUUGGCACAGAUGAAGUUUGGAGACUAUAACCAGAACACUGCCAAGUACAAUUAUGAAGAGUUGUGUGCAAAAGAGCUCACUACUACCAUUUUGGAGAGCAUUAUUGCAAAGCACAAAGAGCUAGAAGGUCUAAGUCAAGCAUCUGCUGAAUACCAGAUUCUACAGAUUGUUACUACACUGGAGAACUAUGGGGUAGAGUGGCACUCAGUGAGAGACAGUGAAGGGCAAAAACUGCUUAUUGGUGUUGGACCUGAAGGCAUAUCCAUCUGUAAAGAUGACCAAAGUCCGAUCAACAGGAUUGCUUAUCCUGUUGUUCAAAUGGCAACUCAGUCUGGGAAGAAUGUAUAUCUGACUGUUACCAAGGAGUCUGGUAAUAGUGUAGUUCUCUUGUUUAAGAUGAUCAGUACAAGGGCAGCAAGUGGGCUCUACAGAGCAAUUACGGAGACACAUGCAUUUUACAGGUGUGACACUGUCACCAGUGCUGUGAUGAUGCAGUAUAGUCGAGACUUAAAGGGUCACCUAGCAUCUCUGUUUCUAAAUGAAAACAUUAAUCUUGGCAAAAAGUACGUCUUUGACAUUAAAAGAACAUCAAAAGAAGUUUAUGAUCACGCGAGGCGAGCUCUUUAUAAUGCUGGUAUUGUGGAUCUUGUCUCAAGAAGUGACCAAACCCCACCAAGUUCCCCCCUUAAGUCGUCAGAAAGCAGCAUGAACUGUGACAACUGUGAGGGUCUCAGCUGCCAACAAACAAAAGCCCUGCAAGAGAAGCUGCGGAAGCUAAAGGAGUCCAUGCUUUGUAUGGUGUGUUGUGAGGAGGAAAUAAAUUCAACCUUUUGUCCCUGUGGCCACACAGUUUGCUGCAAGUCCUGUGCUUCCCAGUUACAGUCAUGUCCUGUUUGCAGAUCCCGUGUAGAGCAUGUCCAGCAUGUGUACUUGCCAACCCACACCAGUCUUCUCAAUCUGACUGUGAUAUGAUCUACAUAUACACUUUAAACCCAUCAUGUACUCUUUAAACUGCACUAAUACGAAAUGCAACCAUUGAUUGUGAAGAAGGCAAUCACUGGCACCUAUCCACGAUCAAAAGCAAAAAUACUGCAUUUUUUAACAUAAAUGUUCUUUGUUCAGCAUGUCCAAAAUAGUUUGGGACAUCUUCUGAGAGCAGAAGUGUAACUGAUUCAUGUUACUUAAAAGGAGAAUGAUAUGUAAGUUUGUAUCAUGGCAGUGUUGCCACGAAGCUAGGUAACCCUGGAGAAAUGUGGUGUACACAUACAGAUGUACUCAGUGAAAGCAAUGCAGCCUUUUCUUUUACACGCUCUAAAUCCUUUUUAGUACAGUCACACUGUUUAUUUUAAUAGUAAGACUAGCUUUUACAAAUACCAGUUUAGUAUGACUCAUAGCUUCAACUUUUAGUAAACUGCUUUAAAGGGGAGAACUUUUUUUAAAAGUCAGUUCUUAAACUGAAGUUAUAAGGCUUCCUCAAGUAGCUCUGUUUAACUCAGAAUUCUAUCAAAUAGAAAAGAAUUCUGAGAGAAUAGCUUUGGAAAGGUAGGACAAGUUUGUUAAUCUCCGAGUGUUGAGGGUGGAUCAGGAAGGUUUGUGGUUGGCAGCAUCCUGUGGGAGCGCUGUUGUGGGACUUCAUUCAUAGCUCUCAGUGCGCAGGCAGGGUACUCCCAGGUUUCCCACGUCCAAUUUGGCUGGUGGUCUCAGGAGCUUCAGUCAGCUGCCCUUCAAGUUGGCUUUAUUUUUGGAGACUGAUUUUAAACUAUUAAACUAUGUACCAUUAAUUUUUAAAAUAAGGGUUGUGUAUAAUUUUAAAUGCUUUCUUCAGUUAGCAUCUUUAUGGGAUAGGUAAUUUUCUGCUAAAAUGUUUUUAAUUUCCACCCCCCUACUUGGGCAUUUUGGGCUCUGGUUUCCUAGUGUCUUCUCCAGGGUACAGAGGGAACUGGAGACCAUGUUUGGGUGCAAUACUGGCUUAAUCAAAGCUAGAAAACUACACUGUCACUUUACUGAAAUUUUCUGACUAUACUUUUCAUAUUGCCUUAAUGUAGCAGUAAUGUGUGUUUAUGCAUCUGUUUCUUUGCACAGACAUUUUGUCAAAAUAUUAAAACUCUACUUUUUUAUGACACAUUAGCAUAUAAACCUUACUCUAAGAGGGUAUUUAUUUUUUCACUUUGUAAAGAAAAUUUUGUUUCCUCAUGAAGCAAGAGCUUUGUCCUAUAUCGUAGGCGGCUUCUGUCUUUUUAUAUUCAGAUUAAUAAAGGACUUUAAAAAUCUA